AUGGCGCUGGCCAUUCAUCUGCCCCGAUCCUUGGUCGCCCGGUUGCUGACUGGCAUAGCAGCCCGCCCGGCCCGGCUCGGGCACGCGGAGGCGUGGUCGCCCAACUCUGGUCGCUGCUGUCACUGUCGUCUCAGCCUCAGCUCCGCAGCCUUCUCAGGGGCCGGCUGGGCUCUGGCAGCAGCGGCCCCUCGUCUCAGUCGCCGCCGCCGCCCCCUCCUCGGCCCUGGCCCCUGCCUAGCGCCUCCCGAGCGGGGUUACAGUAGCGCAGAGGAGCAAACGCCGCCGCCUCGCCAGCAGACCAAAGUGAUGUACCUAGGGCUGUUCAAUCCUGUCGUGUGGCUCCGCACCCGAGUCUACGCCUUCCUCAUCUGGGCCUAUUUCGACCAAGAGUUCAGUAUCGCGGAGUUCACCGUAGGAGCGAAGCAGGCUUUUGCUCAUGUAUCUAAGCUGCUUUCUCAAUGUAAAUUUGAUCUUCUGGAAGAGCUUGUCACCAAGGAGGUACUCCAAGUGUUGACAGAAAAAGUUGCUGCGUUGCCUGACAACUAUAAAAAUGCACUUGCUGCUGAAAUAGAUGAAAUUGUAUAUACUGCAACAGGUGACAUCUCCAUUUACUAUGAUGAUAAAGGAAGGAAGUUUGUUCACAUCCUGAUGUGUUUUUGGUAUCUAACCAGUGCCAACCUCCCUGAAGAGACAUUAAGUGGUACCAAAAUAUUCCAAGUUCAACUAGGGGAUCAGAAUGUAGAAACAAAACAACUUCUUAGUGCAAACUAUGAAUUUCAGAGAGAGUUUACACAAGGAGUGAAGCCUGACUGGACAAUUGCAAGGAUUGAACAUUCAAAAUUAUUAGAAUAAUCAUCUUUCUCUUUGAAAAUCAGCUUUUGGACUUUUGAGAGCUGCUGUGACAAACUAAAAAUAGAACUUUUUGGAUUACUCGAUCUUGGAUUAAUUUUGUAUUACUUUGAAAUAUUUACAGUAUCUUGAUGUGACACAAUAAAAAAAUUUCCAUAGAUCUUCAUCACCUUAUAUAAAAUACUUUUAAAAAAAAAUAGAACUUGAUUUUAUAAAUGAUCACUACUCGUAUGCCAUCUGGCAUGGAUUUCCUGA